GCUGAUGAAUUGCGUAUUAGAGACAGCGGAUUUCUGUAUAAUUAUAAUCAAGUCCACGGCGGCGGCGGCGGAAGUGGGUCGGCCGGGACAUCCUCAAUUUUGCAAUAUUCUUAUAGAAAUUCGGAGAAUUCCCACGGCGGCCAGAUUAAUCACGUUGGAUUUGGGUCGUCUUUGGGCGUGGUAAACGUAUUGAGGAACUCCAAAUUUGCGAAACCCGCACAAGAAUUGCUUGAAGAAUUCUGUAGCGUUGGAAGGGUUCAGUUGAAGAAGAGCAAAUUCGGCAGUGCAAAGCAAAACCCUGACCCUGAAACUGCCGCCACCGGCGCCUCUUCAUCGUCGAAGGACCAACCUCCCCCCUUAUCAGCUGCUGACAGAAUUGAGCAUCAACGGAGGAAGGUCAAACUAUUGUCCAUGCUUGAUGAGGUUGAGCGGAGAUACAACCUAUACCGGGAGCAAAUGGCGAUGGUGGUGAACUCGUUCGACGUGGUGAUGGGGACGGGGGCAGCGGGGCCAUACACGACGCUGACGCAGAAGGCGAUGUCGCGGCACUUCCGAUGCCUGAAGGAGGCCAUAGCGGGGCAACUGAGGCAGAGCUACGAGGCGCUUGGGGAGAAGGGCGGGAGCGGGGGGCCCGGGAUUACCAAGGGGGAGACGCCGCGCCUCAAGAUCCUGGAGCAGACUCUCCGCCAGCAGAGGGCCUUCCACCAGAUGGGGAUGAUGGAGCAGGAGGCCUGGAGGCCGCAGCGUGGCCUCCCCGAACGAUCCGUCAACAUUUUAAGGGCUUGGCUCUUCGAGCAUUUUCUUCACCCGUACCCCAGCGACGCAGACAAGCUUCUGUUAGCUCGACAGACUGGUUUGUCCAGAAAUCAGGUUUCGAAUUGGUUCAUUAAUGCGAGAGUUCGGCUGUGGAAACCGAUGGUGGAAGAAAUGUACCAACUUGAAGGCAAAGUAGAAGCAGAUUCAGAAGACGAUAGUACUACACAACCUAAUAAAAUCAAUAACAACAAAACCCAAAACACUGCACAAAAUCCAACGCCCACCACCGCCGCCACCGGCGCUCCACCACCACCGUCAACCGCCGACCAAGGCACGGCGGCGACGGAGAUGUACUCGGAGCUGCACGAUAUGUGGCGCCAUGGAAGCAUGGUGGCAGAAAAUUAUGGGACCAUCACUGGAGAUCAUGUAGCAGCAGCAGCGGCUGACAUGAAUGGGCCAACACUUAUAAGGUUCGGGACCAGCGGUACGGCGUCUGGAGACGUGUCCCUCACUUUAGGGCUCCGCCACGCCGGAAACGCGCCGGCCGAUAACCCGCCUUUCUCCGUCAGGAACUUUGGACACUCUUGAAAAAAGCUUCCCUUUUUCUUCCCCUUCCCCAUAUCAAGAUCAACGCGGUACGAAUAAUCAAUCAACAAAAUCGAAUCAGCCCUUUUGUCAUUUUUGUUUUUGGAUAGAAAAUUAAUUAAUAUAUCAUGGUCGAAUCCCAGUACGUAGCACUAGCAGCAAAUUUAUGUGUAAUUAGGGCUAGUUCUUUGUUGGGGUUGAUUAAAUUAUUGUUAAUUGUAUAGUAGGGUUUUGUUGAAUUCUUUUAGUUAUGUACUUAUCUCUAGCUAUGAAUGGCUUUAUUGUUCUCUAAAUGUUGGAAAAAUUAUUUGGGGAGUUUGUAGAAUAAUGUAAUUAUAUGUAUCAAAACCAUUUUGCGGAGCUGUAAGAAAGAACAAAAAGAGAUCAUUAUGUGUGUAA